UUUUCUAGUUUUCAAAUCUAUGGAAUUUUUGUUAGAAUCUACGUAUGUUUCAUUCAAAUUAAUGAACACAUCUGAGAGAGGUGUCUAGAUUUAGACAUCGAAACUGUCACAUAGGUAAAUAAUUUUGAAGGUGUCACAUAACUCUUUUCCGAUAAUACGCAUCUACAUAGGAGUUACUCUUCCUCUUUAUUCACGUAUAUGAACUCAAAGAGCAUCGGAAAGCCUUCGAAAAGUGAAACUGGGAAAUUCAGGUUGAUAAAAAUUACUUUAUUACCAGCCUAUAUAUACUUGACUGAUCUCUGCGAAGUGUCUAACUUUUGUUUUUUUUAAGUGGCCCAACUAUUGUGGAGCGUGUAAGCAGCGCUUUGUAACUGCAAGGAAAAGGCGCUACAUCAAAUAUCUUUUGGAUUGGAUUGGAUAGAAUGCAUAUAAAAACGUAAAGAGCAAGAGCCAAACGCCAAAAAUAGUAUUGCCAUAUUUAAAUGAACUCGAUCUUCAAAGGUGAUGGCGGAAGGAUUAAAUAAACCGUUUCCACCGAACAUCGGCGCAUCGGUUGCGCAGUCAGUUGAUUUUGGCUUGGCAGGUGCUUCAUUGGCUGAGAAUGCUCACCAGGUGGAAUCACCUGAGAUCAAGAAGUCCAGAUGGUACCUGCUAUCUUCAUCGUUACAUCAUGCCAUAGGGGUGGCAGGGAUCAAGUUUAUAUUCAAUGGCGAUAAAAUAAAAAUAAGGAGGAAACCAAUGCGUCAGGUAUUCAAAGAAACCUGUUAACACCCUUUUGGAUGUGGAAUAUGUUGAUCUGCUAGACUGUCCAUCAGUCGUUCUCUGCAACUACAAUGCUUACAGGUCCUGACAGAGAAUGCAAUCCACUAGAGAUAGUGUGCAUGAAUAAUGCAAUGGAGGACUUCAAUUCGAAGGCCACUGCUGCUUGCCCAUGCCCCCGACCAUGUGACGUUGUUACGUAUGCUACCACGGUAUCACAAGCCAAGUUUCCGUCAGACUUUUACAGUAAAUUUCUUGCAGAAACACUGACUGAACGGCGGAAUAGAUCUCUUAAUGCUGCCUAUUUCAGCAACAGUAUGUGUCUCAUCAACAUAUUCUUUAAUGAACUGAGUCGGCAAACAAACACUCAACAAGAAGCUUAUGGGUUUUAUAGUCUUCUUUGUGACAUCGGUGGCUCUCUUGGUAUGUGGAUAGGAGGGAGUAUUCUUACCCUCUGCGAGGUUCUCGACAUCAUUGGUUAUUCUAUACACAAGGGAAGAUCGUCUUAAAGCGACACUGAACUUGACUGAAGUGAUGAACUUUCUGCCCUAGCAUACUGUUCAGAGCCAUCUAUACACAGAG